GCAGCCAAAUCGAAAGAGUCCGUUGGUGGUUCACGAUCGUAGUUUGCUUUGUGGGCGCUGUUUAUUAGUGAUUUUAUUGGAAAUUUAGUUAUUUUUCGUCUAAACAAAACGAUCAUUAAUCGAUCCCGACUGCAGUGAAUGUGAAAUCCGGGCAGGUGCUUAUAAAAACUGUGGGAUAGGCGGUAUUUUUACGUUUUUGGUUGUAGGUAGAAAAGCGACCGUUGCCGUCUGACUGCAUUGAUUUGCAAAUCUUUGGGGUACAAUGGACCCGUUUACACAGAAUAUAUUGGAGAGGGCUGAGAAACGCGCCGCUGCGUUGGGCAUUACAAACACAUCCAAGUUUCCGUUGUCGCAGCUCAACUACGACAUCCCGAGUACAUCGUCCUCUUCGGUGGUUCCGAAGUCACCGGGUAAGAAGGCUACUGCUGGCGCAGGAACAUACACUAAAACACCGAAAAAGAAUUCAACCGCAACAGACCGUAGUCCUAGUCGUCCAAAGGAGACUCCCAAUGUUACAAGAGUAGAGACACAACGGAAGUCAAGUUCCGGAUCCGGAAAGGAUGUGGAUGUAGCAGUGGAAAUUAAUAUAACUACUGCCUCUAAUGUUCAGGUGGAGGUGGAAGUGGCGGAAUGUGAAAUAGAUUCAAACGGAAAAAUUACCCGGAAGGUGGAGGACAAAUCAAGGGAAGCUGAUGUUAAGAGUUUGAUUCGGGACUCCUCCCGAAAUCAACUUCAACGAAUGGGAACGUUGUACUCGGAAUCGCAGGACCUGUCUUCUCCGGUGCAUCGCACCGAGGGUAAAUUCCAUGAAGAAUAUCCUGUGGGCAAAGAAAACUCCCGACCGAAACAGAAACUGGCAAAGUUAGCAAUGCUUGCGGAUACCAUUAACAACUGGGAAGAUGAUACUUCCCACCCGGACAUUCGACAUCAUAGAGAAACAGUCCACACGUCCAAGAAGGAAAAGAGUCCAGUUAGACAGAAGAGUCCUGUACAGGAGAGAAGCCCUAAACGGAAAGAGAACUUUCCCAAAUUGGUUGGAACAACUCCUAAAAAGUAUCCGGCUCCUAUUGCCCCUAAAUCGAUCCUAAGUCCUGCAAAAGGGUCAGAAACAGAUGGUGGGAAAGCUGGUACAAAAACUUUAAAGUGGGACCAGAAGGUUAUGGAUGCUUUGGAGUUACAAGGAUUUCAAAGACGAGAAUCGACUACCUCGAAGUUGGUGUACGAAUACAGAGAGCGAUCAAAGCAGGAAAAACAAGAAACUGAGUCAAAUGAGAAGGCUCUGGUUCCUAUAAAGAAAUAUAGAGCUCCUGAAGUGCCUGGGGCGGAUUCCAGAGAACGUCAAGUCGUCCCGAAGGAACUGACAAAACUCCCGGCGAAGAAGCCUGAAAUCAGCAAAGGACUCGUAUCGGGGAGGGCAGCAAUUUUUGAAAGCUCUAAAUCACGCCAAUCAAUUCUUAGGAAUCAAAAAGAUCCCGCGGAAAUGUCUCUCAAGGAACGCUUGGCUAUCUUCGAGAAGAAUAAAGGUCAAGCCUUAGUUCCGAUCGCUGCCUUCGGAACCUCUCCCUCAAUUCGACAGAUAACUGGUGACAACUCCUGUGCUCCCAAACCUUCGUCUUCGUGUUUACCGAUUCAGGGCGCAGGAUUUGGCAUCAUCCCUAAAGAUUCAACCGUGUAUCAAAAGCAAAAAAUCGACGCUUACAACAAACCGCCAACCACUGAAUCUAACGCCACUGGUAUGGCCAUCAAAAACACCCUUGCGGCACUGAUGUCCAACAACAGUACCAUUUCGGAGUCCCAAAUCGCGGAAGAAACCCGACGUCAACGUCAACAAGAAAUGUCAAUGCUGCUCAACCGCUUUACGAAACCCACGGAUGCCGCCGAGCAGAAGCCAAUUCCAUGUGCUCCGCCAAUGCCUCCAGAGGGUUAUCUGACCCUGAGUGCGAAGAAACCAUCGCAACGGGAUUCGGCCGGCAACAAGAGACGCAGCGGCGAAGAGCACGUCAGUCCAGAGGUACGGUGCGCGUUGGAUGAUGUCAAGAGAAUCCGGGUGGUGGCUCCGAAGGAUGGCCGCUUAUAUCCAACGUUGAGUGAUAUAGAAAACGCGACGACGACUGAGUCGGAAGAUGGGGAGGGUUACGUGACGGCUACCCUGGCAAUGGGGGAGGAAGCUGAACGGAACGAUAGUCACUAUCAGGACUGCUACGGCGAAGAGCAGCAAGAGUACGAAGACGAAGAGGAGCAUCCGGUGGAUGAGGAUGGCGAUAGUUACAUGUACUCGGACGAAGAAGAGUCUGAUUCCGACGCCAAGAACAUCUGCGACGUAAGUCUCGGGCGGGAAAUCAUGCAGGCAGUGAAGCUGCAGGACCGUCACGCUAGUCACGGUGGAAGACGACAGAGCCAGGACAGAAGGGUACAUCCUGGCAACGUAAAGCGGCAGUCCGGAUACAGCCAGAACAGCUCGAACAGUGAACUUUCCGGCGUGCUAGACGACAUGGAUCAGUAUCUGGAGGAAGCACUUGACGAGGACGAUGAGGGAGAAUUCGAUACACCAAAAAAAUCGUCAAUCUCUUCCAAUAGUUUCUCAUAUCAGAAAAAUCCACGUCAAAAUCAAUGGCAGACUAUCAAUGAGGAAGAAACUGAGGAGAAAAAGGAUUCGCAAAAACCAUCUCCUCCUACUCAAAAGCAACAGCAGCAGCAGCAACAACAACGCACAGUUGACGAGGGCUUCAGCAGUCCCGUGAAAUCCGAGCUCAAGAUUAAUCCAUCAGAUGACAACAAUAUGGUCACACUGGUGCACACAGUCAGCUUCUAUCGACGUCAGCAAAAUUCAAAUAAUCCAACACCGGUUAAGAAGACCCUUCGUACGCCAGUGCACACUCGACCAAGCGUAGAUUCUACCACAGAGGACUCGGAUGAUGGCAAUUCAUGUGCCACUGCGACUGACAGUGAAAAUGAAUAUCUUGUCCAGGAAAAGAUCAAAAAGCUCCUGGAUGAAGUGUGCAAACAGCAGACAAUUAUUUCCCAGACUAGCCAAGCGUUGAAUCUGUGCGCGGCCACAAUAGAGUUUUCUGGCUCAACGGAAUCCGUCGAGGGCGAACGUCACCUGUUGGUAGCAACCCAUCGCCGGCAAGCGAUCCUCGAUGAGGUUCAGCGUCUUCGCGUAGAAGGUUGCAUUAGACUACCGGGUGCACCGACGGAAAAGGGCCGGCUCACGGUUAAGGACAUUACACUUCCACUGAAGCAGGACUACAUUAGGAAACUUGCCUCCGAUACCAUCAGUGGUCACCAUCUGGUUUGUCUCCUCAAGUACAAUGAUACCGUGUUGGCUACCCAAUCCGUUCCUACCUUACCCGGAUUGUUAUCGGUUCGAUUCCCCGAUGUGCUACAGCUAGCGAAUGUCUAUGCUGAUUUCAAGAUAACAAUGGAAAUCUACGGCAUGACCGCCCAGAGGGAAGUCCUCCCGCACGAGAUUAAAUAUCACAUCGCAAUGAACAAGAAAGGAUCCAGCAAGCUCCAUACGCCAAAGGGCGUAAAAUCCAACUCACGAUUGAUAAUGCCACCGGUUCAGUCACCAGCCGGUCCCCAUGCGGUUCGCACUCCCGCGCUCGUCCAGUAUGGUUUCAUAAUUUUCUCCCUCCGAGAAAUUCAACGAACCAACUGGACCUUGAAUCCCGUUUCCGGUGUAAGCCCACUUGAGGGAACCGUGCACAUGAAAGUAAACUGUGAACUGACGGUCACCGUUGACCAUCGAGGUUUCCUCACCAUGUUCGAGGAUGUGUCCGGAUUUGGCGCUUGGCAUAGGCGCUGGUGUCGCUUGUAUGGUCAUGUGCUCAGCUACUGGAAAUAUCCGGAUGAUGAGAAGCGUAAAGCUCCGAUCGGGAGUAUCGAUUUGCAGAAUUGCUGCACUCAAAAAGUAUCAGUUGCACCACGAGAUGUGUGCGCUCGAUUGAAUACCCUACUGUUAGAGUUCCGAAGGGCGGCACAACCUGAUGACGUCGAUUCAUUGGUUUUGGUCAGGCAGGGAAAUACUACAAUUCAGCGGCACUUGUUGUCAGCAGAUACGAAGGAAGAACGAGAGGAAUGGUGUGCGCAUUUGAACAAAACCUUAGCUCUUCUGAAAGCAUGGGGACACUCUAACAAUCGGACCACAAGUUGUUGAUGAAGGUAUGCUCAGAGUUACGUGAGUUUUGUACAGUUCAGUAAAUAAGUAUUACAACAAGCAGUUUCACAUGCCAUGCCAUGCCAUGCAUUCAUAUAUAUUUUUCGAAGCGAUAACAUAUUCUUUAUACUACUUAUUAGAUAGUAUGCGAAAUGGAACUUAAAGGAACGCGUUUUGACCGAGUGUGAUUGGACCAAAUAAUAAUAACAAAUUCAUAUUACGUAAACAUUCACUGACAUAUAAAUAUUUAGCCCCCUAUUUUCGAAACAAUUUACAUUCGAACCAAGCAGUUUAUUA